AUGACCACUCCAUUCUUGGGCGAUGAUAGAAACAUCUUUAACAUUAUUCCGAGUUUGGCCAUCUCGAGCAAUGCCACCACAUUAGCCUUCAUAGUUGCUGGCGCAGUAGUUGUGUUAUUGACCAAAGGUUUUCAUUUCAAAGCAAAAAAGACAAUCACCAAUGAAUAUUUAAAACAACGACAAAUGACAUUCCGAUUGGGCAAAGAUCCGAAUUCAAUACCUCUGCCGAAAUUUGCCAACGACACGGAAUUGGAAGCAGAGGAUAAAAAGUUGAUUUAUAAUAGACUUCACGAUCCCUCUCAAUUUGUGUUCGAAGGAUUUGCCUUCAAACGACCUCUCACCAUCCUCCUCUACAUUUAUCGAGUCAUUCUCGCUUUAUGGAUGGUCAUUAUGAUGUGUGUGGAUGUGGCCUAUUUCCGACCCAAACCAUUUCUCACCUACUUUUCAUUUCUUACCAAUACUUCAGCGUUUGUGUUUGCCAUGUAUUAUGUGUUGCAAUCUGUGUUUGGAUUGUUUUACAUUACGACGUGUUACAAAUUUUUCAAUGAUUCGAAAAAAACAGGAAAGGCCAAACGAAAUGUGGAAGAAUUGAAUGUUUGGGUUCGAAAGAUAUUUACUUUUAUUUCGACUGUGAUUUGGUUGUUUGCAGAAUUGAAUCAUGUGGCUGCCACAUUGGUGGCAUUUGGAUAUUGGAUUAUUGUGAUUCCACAGUAUGCAAUUAAUGGAAAGGUGACGACAGAUCCUGAUGUACUUUCGUAUUUUACCUUUGGAUAUCACGGUUUACAAAUGAUUUUCAAUUUGAUUGAAUUUUUAAUGUCGAAUGUUGUUUUCAGAAUUUGGCACUUAUUUAUCUUAAUGAUCUAUCCCACAAUUUACUUGAUUUGGAUUCAAACGAACAUGGAAGCAAGAUGGGUCAACAUUUGGCCCUACGAUGUGAUUGACUAUUACAGAAAUCCAUGGUUCGCAAUCAUUGUUUAUUCAUUUGGACUUUUCCUUGUCUUUUGUUUGUCAUUCUUUUGCUAUUGGUUGGCCACAACAAUUCGAUUGAAAAUUCUCACGAAACGUUUAAAGAAGAUUCGUUUCACACGAAGAAACACUCAAAAGAUGAAUGCUCUAUUGAAAAAUUCAGUUGCUGCGUUGGUUAAUACAGCCAUUGAAUUGGAUACCAUCAUGGAUUCACCUCAUCAGCAAUAUCCAACAGUGGUCUAUACAACAGGAAACACUUCGAUUGCAACAGCCAAUACUGUGACACCUCCGAGCUCAUUAACUUCGAGUCCAGCAGCAUUGCAUCCACAACUCCAUCAUCAUCGACAUGAAGAAGAAGAAGAAGUCGUAUUAGAUCAUGAGGACAUGAUAUUAAGUGGCUCCAAUCCUCACAAUCAACGUCAUCACACUCCAAUGGGUAUUCUAUCAGAUCACAACGUGAAUGAAGAUUUAGAUGUCUUGGACGCUCCUCGAGGCAAUAAGAAGACAUCUGACGUCGUCUCCAAAUUGGUGAAACUCUCCAAGAAUCAAAUUCCACCAAAUGUUGUUUCAUCACCCGCUUCAUCGACACCUUCAAGUACCACGAAUUUAAUACCUACCCUUAAUACGACGAAAUUGCAUCAUGAAGGUGCUCACAUUGGUGAAAGACAUCAAGGUGAAGAAGUGUUGAUAGCUAUUUCAGAGGGUCAUGAUGAUUCACGACAUGGUACCACUGUGAUUACUCUCUCCACGCCGACACCACGAACUCAAGCGCACUCCGUUAAUAUUGAAUUUAUUUAA